AUGAGCUACUGCGAUCGCUGCGAUCGUGAUUUCUCCUCAGACCAUGCUUGCCGUCAACACAUUCGCGACUCCGCGAGUCACUACCUCUGCGAUGACUGUGGUAUAGACUUCUCUUCUUGGCGGGGUCUCAAAGAACACUGGGUGCAGAGUCCUGACCACGAUUACUGCCAAUACUGCAACGAGCAUUUUUCUGGCUGGUCUGAUCUCAGUGACCACUAUCGCAACCAUCAUGGCUACUGCGAAACGUGUAAUAGGAUCUUCAAGAACGAAAACGGACUACAUGAGCACAACAGGCAGAGUCACCAGGAUCGCUACUGCGUUUCGUGCAGGCGUAUCUUCCGAUCUGAGAAUAAUCUCAACUCCCAUUUGAAUUCCAGCAUUCACAAACCGAAGGACGUGAAGUGUCCCUUCUACGGAUGUGACAUGGCUUUCGUGUCCAAGUCUGCUCUGAUACUUCAUCUCGAAUCCGGUUCUUGUCAGUCCGGGGUUAACCGUCAGAAGGUGAACCAAUACGUACGUCAGAUGGACCGCAACAACGUCAUUACCAAUCCGUCGCGUCUUCUCACCGGUGGUGAUGACACCACCGUGGAUUAUAUCGCAUCUGAAAGGUCUUGGAAUGGUCAAGCAUACGAAUGUGUGCUUUGCCACUCCCGUUUCGCAGCGUUGCUUGAUCUUAAUCGCCACUUGGCGAGCCCCCGUCACCAGGACAAGAUCUAUAAAUGCCCUCUCAGCUCCUGCGGGAUACACUUCCGCACUCUCAGUGCAUUAUGCCAGCACUGA